AUGGCUACAGCCCAGAUGCCAUCUGACAUUCCUAAGCCAUCUUUCGCAAAGGUCGCUGCAUCGGCAUCAAAAGAUUCCCAACCCGUCACUACCGUCAGACCAGUUGCUGCGCCAGCUCAAGCCCGUCCCAGCCAAGCUUCUUCUACCGGUGCCGCCUCCAUACCCGCAUCUGCCACUUCAGACGCAGUUGAUACUCGCCAAUCCGCAAUCAUGAACUCUACGAAGUCUGCGCCGACUGUCGCUAAGCGCGAGCCCACCCUGUCCAAGAAGCCCGAUGCGACCGGUGUCGUGUUGGAUGGAUUGAAGGAUUUGAGCAUUGGGCAACCGACACCGAGCCUUGUUGUGAACGGAACAGGCUCUUCGUACGCUGAGCGAUCAAAAUCUAUAACCAAGGAUGGGUCGGACGACUCCCAGAGAGCUGACUCCAGCUCGGAGCUCGGUACCAAGCCUCCCAGUCUGGACGGAAAGAGUAUUACGUCGGGAACGACCUUUGCGCUGGACGAGAAGGAAUCCCUGAGGCCGGAUGACAGUGCCAGCGUCAAAGCCGCUGCUGCCGAGGAUGACGAUUCCUUCUCAUUCCGGGGGCCAAACCUACCAAACUCCAGAAUGGGUUCCGACAUUGCGGCGCGUGCUAGAGGCAUCAUCCAGCUUGGCGACAUGCCCGAUCGCCGUCUAGCCCAACCUAUCUCCGGCUCCUUGAGCCAAGGCAUGAUCACACCGCAGAGUGCUUCGUCAGAUCAACCACAGAUGCCCAUCCCUAACGCUCUGUCUGCUAAUCUCCCCGACUCUGCCAAUCUCUUGAAUACCAUCUACGGACAGGCACCGGAUGAAAAACUCUUGGAGGCUAUGGCUUCCCCGAAGGAUCGACUGUUUCUAUUGCGAUUGGAGGCCGAAUUGAUCAAAUUUGUUCAAAAUUCCAAAGACCCGUACAUGGACUUUCCGCCUUCAAAUUCAUUUUGUAGGAUGCUCACACAUAAGCUGGCUGACUACUACCGCAUGACGCAUCAGUAUGAAGCUCGUGUGGGAUCUGUCCGAAUCUUCAGAACCCCUUACGCCAGAGUACCUGAGUCGCUUGCUAGUAUCGCUGCUCCGGAAACCAAUGCCGAAACGCCUCCUCCUCCAGCGGUCCUGCCUCGAAAGAUCAUGCGACGUGGGGAGGAUGGGGAAUUCGGUAGCAACAGCGCUUCUCCAUCCAAGGCAACGUCUGAGACCGGCAGUGACUCUAAGGAUAAGUCUGCUGCGGCCAAUCAGAAAUUGUCGAGAGAGCAGCGUGAAGAAGCGUACAAGCAAGCCCGAGAGAGAAUAUUCGGCAAUUCUGAGAAGACUGGGGAAUCUACGCCUGAUAACGAAAUCGAAAAUGGCGUUUCACGUGCCAGCUCCGUUUCGGCGAGGGAAAAGCCUGGUGUCAGCAAACGGGGCAAGACUGGGAAGCAGAGACGGGAUGAUUCAGACAGUUUCGACUCGAGACACAACUACACACCAUACUGGGGGCCGCAGCAGCAGACUUGGGUGCCUCAACCUCAGUAUGUUCCUGUGUCAAACCAAUACGGUGCGCUGGUGCAGCAACCGUAUCCCAAUCAGAUCCCCGCAGCCCCUUACAACACUACACCCACGCAAACAUUUGCUCCCAUGAUGCCUAACGCGGGCUACAAUGCGGGCUAUCCUAACAUGACACCGUAUCCGCCUCCGGCAAACCAGGCCCAGUUCCAAGCUCCUCCGAAUGCGAGGAGCUAUGGUGGUUCUGGCCCUACUCCUCCACAGCAAGGUUGGCAACCACAACCAGGGUUCGGACCGGCGCCGGUGCCGAUGACUCCACCUUCGACGGCUAAUGCCACGGCUUACACGCCUCGGGGUAUGUCGGCGCCGCCCAGUCAAAGCACUGUUCCGUACAUGUACGGGCAGUUGCCGGCCAACAUCAACCCGAACGACCCAAAGAGCCAGCAUCCCAUCCCCGGCAGCUACAAUCGCCACGCCUUCAAUCCCAAGACGCAAUCAUUCGUCCCUGGGGGUGGCAUGUCUCCGAUGCAGCCACCACAGCCGCCAUUCAGUGCUCCUGGAUCUCACCACGGUAGCCCCCAGAUCGGCUCACCACAUCUGGCAUACGCCGGUUAUCAGCAGCAAGGACCACCAGCACCUUACGGCUAUGCCAUGGCGAGGCAAGGAUCGAACAACUCGAUUCCUUCCUACCACCCGCCUCCGCCCCAGCACCCUCAUCACUUGAACCCUAUGCCUCAAGCACCGGUUCAUCAUAUUCCUCAACACCCCCCGCAACACAUACCACAAAACCCCUCCCCUCAUAUUCCCAAUAAACCCGCCAUCCCUCAGGGUCCGGCUGGACAGACGUUCAGCCACCUGCCCCACUACGGCAACCCUGCUACUUUGCCGCAAAAGCCAAACAUGGGUAUUUAG